AUGUGUGGUCAUGUGGUCAUAGUUCAAUUUGUGAUUAUAUACAACCCUUUCAGUUUAAUUCAACUUUAUUUCCCUUUCGCAAACAAACCUGCUGAGUGGAUAGCAUGUGAUAAAGUUGUCGUUCGUGAUCAAGUUCGUUGGCAAUCACUCACUUCAGUCAAACCAUUUGUAUACCAUCCUAAGACCCAGAAACCAACUGCAUCUGUUUAUCCUACACCACCUGUUAAACCGAAUUCUUCGACUCAUACUUCGUUUAGUCCCAUAAGGAAAGCAGAUAAAGAAGCUCAAACAGAUAAUAAUCAUACUAUUAUAUUUAACAUCGAAGAUAUAAUCAGAGCUCAGCGUAAUUUAGCAUCUACCAAUCAAAAUUCACUACAUCUAUCGUCUUCUGAUGUAAAUAAACUAAGUCGACUUCGACGUGAUGGAAACUGCUUUUAUCGAGCAUUUGGUUUUGCGUAUAUCGAGUACCUGCUAAAUGGCAAGCUAAUUAAAGAAGCUGGGAGAUUCAAGAAGAAGUGUGACGAGUGUAAAGAUACACUAAUUGCUAAUGGUUAUACCCAGUUUACUGUGGAGGAUUUCCAUGAACAGUUCGUCGGGAUGGUGGAUCGGUUUACUGUUGAUGGUGGUACAUUGGAAGAAUUGGAAGGAGUUUUUAACGAUCAGGCAUAUUCAGAUUAUUAUGUUGUAUUUUUACGACUUUUAGUUUCUGCGUACAUUCAAAAAAACGCUGGAUAUUUUGUAAAUUUUAUUGAUGAAGGUAAAACAAUUAAUCAGUUUUGUGAAACAGAAGUUGAACCAAUGGCCCGUGAAUCAGAUAAUAUACAUGUAGCUGCUUUAGCAUUAGCUGUUGAGUUACCUAUUUAUGUAGAAAAUUGUCAACAAUCGGGUGAAUUAAAUCGUAUCGAAUUUCCUGCAUAUAGUGAUUUAAUAUUAGAUAAUGUUGGUGAAACAAGCAAUAAUGAUCAUGAUAUUCACAAUGAACAAGUAUCUAAUGAUAAAGAUUCUUUUAUUAAUAAUUAUAAACAGAAUAAUAGUUCACCACCAGUUACAUUAUUGUAUAGACCAGGUCAUUAUGAUAUAUUAUAUCCUAAUUCAUGAAACUAUUAAACAAACUAAUCAGAUUGAAACUGUUAAAUGGAAUAAUACUUUAUGUAUCAUUAAUAAUCAAUAUUACAGUAGGUUUUUAUGUUUUGGAUGUUACUUUAUAAUUUAGAUUAACUUUCAAUGAUGAUUUUUUUUGUUGCUGUGUUUAUCUGUAUGUGUGCUUAUGUAUUUCUGGGGAUUCUUUUCUCUUUUUUUUGUAAUAUGAUGCCUUUCACUAAAGAAUAAUUCAAUCGAUAGUAAAAUAUCUUUUUUUAGAUUGUUUCUUUUAAAGAAAUUGCGUAAACUAUUUU